AUGCUCCAUGGUGAACACUUAUUCAAAUGCUGUGAAAGACAUUACCAACUCUACCGGUUUGAUGCUCGAGUGCUGCAAUUGCGAGCCGUAGAGUAUAAUACCAAUUCUCUUACUACUGCUGUUACUACUACUACUACUACUGUUACUACUACUGCUACGACCCCUCACAUUUUGCGUAUAGCUCCCGCAUACCCGAUCAUUGAACGACCUCCGCCUUUCGACGAAGAUGAAUCUCAGGACAGACUGAUUAUCGACACCGAUGCAUUAUCCGAUUCGUUUAGACAACAAGAUGAAGAAGAAGAACGACAAUCGAACGUAUUGAUCGAAUUUCCACCCACUCCUUGUCCAGUGCAGUCGCCCGUAAUGAAAAUGGAACAAGAGGAGAACUUAUCACCACCUACUCCUUGCCCAGUGCAGCCGCCCGUAAUGAAAAUGGAACGACAAGAAGAAGAAUUAUCACCACCCACUCCUUGCCCAGUGCCGACUCCCGUAAUGAAAAUGGAACGAGAACAAGACGACGAAAUGGAGAUUGAUAUAGCACAAAUAGAAAUUCGAUGUAACAGAGAGGAAUCCGAAACUCUACCACAGAUUCCCGUUCCCCGAGAAGAAGAAGAAGAACCCUCAACCUCCGGAGACGUUUUUAAUAGGUACUCAAUGAGAAUCAAAUCAUCUAACCCAUUGAUACCCACCUAUUUUAAAGAAGUCACCGAAAAUCUUUCUGACUUGACAAAGGAAGAGGAGAAGAAACCGAAAGGUCACCCCGAAUGGAUUCUCGACGAAGAAGAUGAAAAAGAAGAAAACUGGAUUGAAUUUUGUUACAAUCGAAAAUAG